AUGCUGUACACUCACGCAACAAUCAUCACGGUCGACUCAAACCGACGCAUCAUCGAGGACGGUGCCAUCCGCGUGCAGAAUGACUUAAUCGCGGAUAUCGACAAGACCGCAGCCCUGAAGGCCAAAUACCCCGACGAGGACGAGUACGAUCUCACCGGCCGGAUAGUCAUUCCGGGCCUCGUUUCCACUCAUAUGCACACGGCGCAGACGCUGCUCCGGGGUGCUGCCGAUGACCUCGAGCUGGUUUCCUGGCUGUGCGAGCGGAUCUGGGUGCUGCAGGGGAAUUUCACGGCCGAGGAUGGGUAUGCCGCGGCGCGGUUGAGUAUCGGGGAGAUGCUGAAGUCGGGCACAACGUGCUUUUUGGAGAGUAUGUUCGCGGACCGCUACGGAUUCGAUGGUCUGGCGCGUGCAGUCGAGGAAAGCGGCAUCCGUGGCUGCUUGGGUAAGAUCGUCAUGGACAUCGCAAAGUAUGCCAAGGAUGAUGCCUGGGCCAUGCAUCCUGGGCUGGUCGAAGAUCGCGAGACAUCAUUGUUGGGCACGUUGGCGAUGUGGGAGAAGUGGAAUGGCAAGGCCAACGAUCGUAUUCGCGUAUGGUUCGGCGCUCGCACACCUGGAGGAGUAUCAGAUACCCUGUAUCGUGAGAUGACCAGUUUAUCCCGCGAAAAAGGCAUCCCCAUCACCAUGCACUGUGCUGAGGUGCGUGCCGACCGUGACUUCUUUGCUUCUGUGGGACACACCCCCAUGACGUACUGCGACUCGGUCGGCCUCCUCUCGCCAUCGACAGUGUUAGUGCAUAUGGUGCAUCUGGACGAUGACGAUAUCACGCGACUUGCGAGUUCAGGAACCCACGUCGCGCAUUGUCCGACCUCCAACGCCAAGCUUGCCUCUGGCAUCUGUCGCGUGCCGGACUUGCAGCGAGCCGGCGUUAAUAUCGGCCUCGGCACUGACGGCGCCCCCUGUAACAAUACCUGCGACCUCCUGCAGGAGAUGAAGCUAGCGGGAAUUAUACAUAAGAGCCUGUCUUAUGACCCCACCGCGGUACCCGCCGAAUCAGUGCUAGAGAUGGCGACCAUCAACGGUGCCCGUGCGUUAGGAUUGGAAGACCGAAUCGGUAGCUUGGAGAUUGGGAAGAAGGCCGAUUUUGUAGCUAUAGAUACUCGUCGUAUCCACUUACAGCCCUGGUUCAACCCCGUCAGCGCGGUGGUCUACACGGCUACCGGUCGGGAUGUCGAUAUCGUCGUGGUCGAUGGGCAAAUGCUGGUGCGUAGUGGAGAGCUGUUAACCAUGGACGAACAAGAGAUCGUGCGCGAGGCCCAGCGAAGAAGCCAGGAGGUGGUCGCCAGAGCCGGGUUGAAAGAUCGAGUAAAGGCUCGGUGGCCGGUAGAAUGA